UUUCAAAAUGUGGUGAUUGGUUGGUUUCCUGUCUAUGACUGCACUCCAGCGAUGGCCUCUUCCUGUCGCUUGGGCCUGUGCACUUUUAGUGCAGUGUUCUGUCCUUCAUUGAGAUGACUUGGGUGGUGGAGGGGGGGGGUGUUUCUUGAGUUUCUUGAAUUUCUUAAGAAACACCUUAAAUGUUCUUAAAUGCAAAUGCAGUUUCUGCAACUGACUCACAUUUAGGAUGUUGGGGAUCAUGUUUAUUCCCUAUGCCCCAACUGUUGUAUUCCCCCGUUAUUUUCUGGUCAUAAUUUUUUAUUUAUUUGACAGAAGUGUGUUUACCUGCCGAUUGAACAAAUAAAGAGGCAUGCGCAGUUUUGCCUGUGGGUUGUACCUGCGCAGUGUCCGUUAAUAAGAUCAAACAUUUGUGCCUCAGCGGUUAAGCCAAAUGGCCGUUAUGUUGGUUCCCCGACUGCUUCUGAUAGCUUUUCUUUUUUUCGAGCUCUUUGUAAGUACGGCUCCUUUUCAGAUGUCUUUUCAUCGUGAAAUUUCAGUUCCUUCAAGUUGAUGUGCGUUGGUCUUCAUUUUGUGUCUUCGGCAAAGUAGUGUUUUCAUUGAACGAACCAGAAAAUGAUAAUGUACUCUGUACAAAUUACAAGCAGCAUCUCAAUAACUUUUGACUGUAAACCUGUUCCUGUAAACCGCAUGAAUACUGUAGUUCUGGGAAAAACAUUUUUGCUUUUCCUUUUUAUAACAAAAUCAAAUUUUACCUGAAAUACUUUGAGAGUCCUUUUGUGACGUUAUGCAAUUUAAAACACUUUGCAUGCAUUUAGAUAAAAAAUAAAAAAUAAUCAUGGUGCUGCUUUCAGUGCUUAUGUGCUUCAGUGCUGCAUGCUGCAAGUGUUCAGCUCCUUCUCUUCACAGCCCGUGGGCUCCAGUGGGGCCUUCGGUGUCCGCCAGACUCCCCAGACCCUGGAUGCUCUAGAGGGCGACUCUGUGACCAUGAUCUGCUCCUGGGAGCAGGCGAACGCCGAUCGGGUUCGUGUUGUUUGGAGACGGGCUGACCUCCCUCUCCCGGAGCAGACCGCAGUGGUCCAGCAAGGCCGACAGGACAGCAUGCUCGCACAGAGCACCCUGAGCAUUCCUGGUGUCGCCCUGAAGGAUGCUGGGACAUAUUACUGCACCGUAACCAUGGAGAUUCCAGAGUUUCAGCGUGAAGAAGGGUCUGGCACUUCGCUGACUGUGAAGACUGAUGAGCACUAUGCUCAGGGAGCCAGUGUGGAGGAGGUGUUGAUUUUCAUCGUGCGCUGUCUGCCGUUCCUGGCCCUGCUCACGGCUGUGUUCUGCCUCUGCAGGAUAGAGGCCAAAGCCGCAGACAGGGCACCAGAAAGUUCUGGAAGAGAGGAGGAAAAUGAAGCUGAGAAUGAGCCUGCCACGUCACUCCUGGAGGCUGCAGAUGCUGAGGUGGUGGGAGGAAGAAUCGUGGUCCCCUGCCCCACGCCCUCCUCAGGCCAACCCGAGACUGAAAAUGAGACGAUUACCCCCGUCAUUUCAUGACCCGAUCUGUGGAAUUAACUCUUCAUACAUGGGUCAAAUAAUUACUUAUUCUUUGUGAUUACUUACAUUUUGUAAAGAGGCAUUUUAUUUUCACCAACAUUCAGAAUAUAUUUCUAACCUGGCAUGGCCUUUUGGUGUCUAUUUGGGAAUAUUGGGUUAGUGACAUGGUUGGUUCAAAAUCAGGCAUAUUUACCCUCACUGAGCACUUCAUUAGGUAGACCUGUACACCAGCUUAAUGCAAAUAUUUAAUCAGCCAAUCAUGUGGCAGCAACUAAAUGCAAAAAAGCAUGCACACAUGGUCAACAGGUUCAGUUGUUUUUCCAACCAAAUGUCAGAAUGAGGAAGAAAUGUGGUCAAAGUGGAAUGAUUUGCUGAUGCCAGAAAGGGUGGUUUGAGUAUCUCUGAAACUGCUGAUCUCCUUUGAUUUUCGCACACAACAGUCGAAGCUGAUUGGACAUGAUCGGUCACAGCUUCUUUUCUUAUCAGUUUUCAACUUCCCCCGAACACAUUUUGAAGUCGUCAUCUUCAAAAAAAACCCAGGGCUGAACUGAGUGCAUGUGACGUAAAUACUAUGUAAAAAAUAAAAAAUAAAUGAAUAGUUGUAAUUGUAACGGAUGAAAAUAAAAGUUACAGUUUUGUA